AAUUCCCCAGCCUUCCCUCGACCCAGAUCCGCAAAUGGCCCGCACGAAGCAGACCGCGCGCAAGUCGACCGGCGGCAAGGCCCCGCGGAAGCAACUGGCGACCAAGGCGGCGCGCAAGUCGACGCCGGCGACGGGCGGCGUGAAGAAGCCCCACCGCUUCCGCCCCGGCACCGUCGCGCUCCGCGAGAUCCGCAAGUACCAGAAGAGCACCGAGCUGCUCAUCCGCAAGCUCCCCUUCCAGCGCCUCGUCCGGGAGAUCGCGCAGGACUUCAAGACCGACCUCCGCUUCCAGAGCUCCGCCAUCUCCGCCCUGCAGGAGGCCGCCGAGGCCUACCUCGUGGGGCUCUUCGAGGACACCAACCUCUGCGCCAUCCACGCCAAGCGCGUCACCAUCAUGCCCAAGGACAUCCAGCUUGCCCGCCGCAUCCGCGGGGAGCGCGCGUAGACGCCCUCUCGCUCCUGCUUCUCAUCGUGUCAUGAUCUAGCCGUGCUGUAGUUUGUAGUAUGUGCAAUGGAUGUAUCAAGUGUUCUCUAAGUUAUUAUAUGGAUGAAAAAGCUCUGUUUACCUUUCUC